CACCCAAAGUUGUAGAAUUCAUCCUAUCUAGACCAUGCCGUGGAAAAUAGGUGUGUUUAUUUUGUUGGUAGCACUGGGCAACUAAACAAAAAAAUAUAUAAGAAAAAACUUCCAUAUUUUUUUCUCUCCCAAUGAAAACCAAACACCACCAUUACAAAAUUCAAAUCUAGUGACAUGAUAUUAAUCAGAGCAUCUCAUAAAAUUGUGUGCAGAAAUCAGAAUCCAAGUCUUACACUUACACACGCGUGUGUACGAGGUAACAAUGUUACACUUUCACAAGCACAACCCAUUCGUCGUCACUCGAUGUUUUUAAGAACACAAUCUACGGCCACAAAUUAAUGCAAGCCGCACCAUUAGAAACCAAAAUAGCUUUGCCUCUGCAGAGAGUUUUAGAAGAGAAGUUCAUUUCCCUGUUACGGUCAUGUAGAAGCUGCACGCGCCUCCACCAGAUCCAAGCCCAAAUCCUCACCCAUGGCCUCCACCCCAACGAUUACGUCACCCCCACUCUCAUCACCGCCUGCACGCGCCUCACCCUCACGCGCCACGCCCGAACACUCUUCCACACCACCCCCCAACCAAACACCGCCACGUGGAACGCCCUCUUCCGUGCCCACUCCCACAACGACGUCGUCCUUCUCUUCGCCCAAAUGCACCGCGCCCAAACGCCGCCCAACGCAUUCACGUUCCCCAUGGUCAUCAAGUCUUGCGCAAACGCCAACGCGAUAAGCGAAGGUGAACAACUCCACUGCGUAGUAGCCAAACGCGGCUUUAAGUCUAAUCCCUUUGUCGGAACCGCGUUGAUUCACAUGUAUUCGGCUAGAGGGUCUCUGUCUCUCGGCGAUGCCCGCAAGGUGUUUGCUGAGAUGCGUGAGAAGAAUGUUUUCGCUUGGACUGCUAUCGUUGCUGCACACGUGUCGUGCCGCGACAUGGUUUCCGCGCGGAGGCUUUUCGACGUCGCGCCGCUGCGCGACGUCGUUCUGUGGAACACCGUCGUUUCGGGGUACAUUGAAUUGGGGGACAUGGCGGCGGCGAGGAAGCUCUUUGACGAGAUGCCGAACCGUGAUGUCAUGUCGUGGAACACCGUGUUGAAUGGUUACGCGAAUAAUGGCGAGGUUGAGUCGUUCGAGAAGCUGUUUGAAGAAAUGCCUGAGAGAAAUGUCUAUUCUUGGAAUGGUUUAAUUGGAGGGUACGUUCGGAAUGGGCUUUAUAAAGAAGCUUUGGAGGCUUUUAAACGGAUGUUGGUGAUGGUGGAAGAAGGUGGUGGUGGUGGUGGUGGUGGGGUGGUUCCUAAUGAUUACACUCUUGUGGCGGUGCUUUCCGCGUGUUCGAGAUUGGGGGAUCUUGAGAUGGGUAAGUGGGUGCAUGUUUAUGCAGAGAGUGUUGGGUAUAAAGGGAAUUUGUUUGUUGGGAAUGCUUUGAUUGACAUGUAUGCGAAAUGUGGGGUUAUAGUGAGUGCGGUUGACGUGUUUAAUUGCUUGGAUGUGAAGGAUAUAAUAACGUGGAAUACUAUAAUUAAUGGGCUUGCCAUGCAUGGUUAUGCUUCUGAUGCUUUGAGAUUGUUUGAGGAGAUGAAGGGUGCGGGAGAGAAGCCCGAUGGUGUUACUUUUGUGGGGAUUUUGUCUGCUUGUACUCACAUGGGGUUGGUGAAAGAUGGGUUUUUGCAUUUUCAAUCGAUGGUUGAUGACUACUCAAUUGUGCCUCAGAUUGAGCAUUAUGGGUGCAUGGUGGAUUUGCUGGGAAGAGCUGGUCUUAUAGGCCAGGCUGUGGAUUUUGUGAGGAAGAUGCCUAUGGAACCAGAUGCAGUUAUAUGGGCUGCGCUGCUUGGGGCGUGUAGGAUAUACAAGAAUGUGGAAGUAGCAGAACUGGCUCUGCAGCGGCUCAUUGAACUUGAACCUCAAAACCCUGCAAACUUUGUCAUGCUUUCGAACGUAUACAAGGAUCUUGGAAGAUGGCAAGAUGUUGCACGGUUGAAGAUGGCGAUGAGGGAUACCGGGUUCAAGAAGUUGCCGGGAUGUAGUGUUAUUGGGUGUAAUGAUAGUGUGGUGGAGUUCUAUUCCUUGGAUGAGAGACAUCCUGAGACUGAGAGCAUAUAUAGGACAUUGAAGGGAUUGACGAUUCUGUUGAGAUCACAUGGAUACGUUCCAAAUCUUGUAGAUGUUGCUCAUGGAAACUGGAUGGGGAAGGAGGUAUUUUGAGGUGAGGAUGGUCAAUUCGUCUUUUUUUUCUUAGUCUUUAGCGAAUACAAGAUAAUUAUUCCCUUUUCAAUAUGGUUUAUCUCAUACAAGUCAGGAUUUCAAUCUAAACAAUUUGGAUAAAAGAUACAAGCUGUCAUUACUUGUGUGUUGUGUCAAACAAUAUUGUAAAGAUUUUUACUUAUUUCAGCAUCCAAAAUACCUGAUCUAACCCAUUGGCAA